CUUCAAUUUUAUAAAUAUAAUCACGCCCACGCAACUUCGUCUGCUCUCAAGCGCAUAUUUUUUUCUCAUUUUACGUCAUUUUUCAUCGAUUCCUGAAUGAAGUUCGUCAGGUUUUAGUAAGUAGACCGCCUGGCAUCAUGGCUUUUAAGGCUGUUCUGUUUUGUUUAUGUGCCGCAUCACUAGCAACAGCCGCUCCCGCCAAACGUGACUCCCAAAGAGCUGAAUACGAUUACGAGUACGAGAACUCCGCCCAAUCCCAGCAGCCAGCCGAAUCAAACCAUUAUGACGCCUAUAUCCAAGACGUUAAGGCCGCUACUUCUGGUGAUGGCAGCAAAAAGGGCUUCAGCAGAGGCAGCGGCCUGCGAACGAUAGCAGUAGGGUCAGCUAAUCAGGCGAAAACAGCGCUUGGCAAUCAGCAGGCCGCUGCGUAUCAAGCGGCGUAUGUGGCUAAGAACACGUUAGCGCAAUCAGCGGCUCAGUCUAGUGCGACAGCGCAGGCAGCGCUCGCUGGGAAGCAGGUGAUCCUGUCGGGAUUGGAACAGCAAGUCAGAGAUGCCAAAGUAGCGCUGCAAGGGGAAGAAAUGCAGUUGCAACAAGCUAAGAGAGCUGCACAAUCCGCAGCGCAAGCCGCCCAACAGGCUAUGCAUCAGGUAAACGUGAUCCAAGCAGCGCUAAACGCAGCACAAGCAACAUCAGAGAAUGCGAACGAAGCGGCCUCGCAAGCUGCGGGCGAGCUGGGCGCGCAGACAGCUAUGGUGGGAGCGGCGCGGCAGCGGUUGAGCACGCUGCAGGAGCAGCUCAAGGGAGUCAGGAUUGAUUUCGAGGCGACACAGGCUGCGGCUAGGAAGGCACAGGCGGCUGCUCAACAAGCGCAAGCGAACGCAGCCGAAGCAGCCGCCAAGGCAGCUGCCGCGGGCCUCGCGCAGCACAGCGACUCAUCCCACGAAGAACGCAGUCUCAAGACAGCAAAACCGCACCAGCCUCAAGAAGAAUAUAGCAAUGGCCUAAAAACAUUACAUUUUUCACCCCAAUAUUUAAAACCUAGGGUCGUUUCGGAUACACCUAUUGAAUUCUAUCAAAUUUCACCAGAAAAUAGUGAAGCACAAGAACAAAAUAGUGAAAUAGUUCACCUUUUAGAUACUGAAGGAUUCGCUAAAUUCCCAACUUUUAACAGCGAACAUUUAGCUAAUGUACAAUCGAAUAAUAAUUUUGGGUUCGAGUGGUAGAUUCUAUCCAUCUUCGUGAAAUUUGACAGAAUUCAAUAUUAGAUUAAGAUGUAGAGUUUAUAAACUACUUACAUCAUGCAUUUAUAAAGUGUAAAUACCUAAUUGUAAUAAAUUUGUACAAUGUACAGUCUUGUAAAUAAACAUAUAUAUUGUAAUUCGCUUUUAUGUACCUUCGUUAGAUAUUAAAUAUAUUAUGCAUAGAUAGCUCAAGAUAUAAAAAUAUCGCAGGAACUCGGUAUUGCUGGUAUUUCUUAAGCUUAAGUUUGUAUUGAAAGACAGCGCCAAUGACAAAAAAGAAGACUGCUUUUGGUUAUAUAGACAAAGGCUCUCACAACAAAAUAUAAAUUAAACAAGCAUAACGUUAAAAUCGUUCCAGAACCAGUUAAAGAAGAACAAGAAGAAGCUGAUGAUGAAGAAGACUGUGAAGAAUGAAGAAGUACAAAAUAUUAGCCAAACAUAAUCGAAAUGUGUGAUGUAAAAGUAUUGAAUCCUUAAAGUGUAUUAUGAUGUGUAGGUACUGUGAUUUAGCAUACGGUCAUUUAAUGGUAAUUUAUUUACUGAAGUUACAUGGAAAAUAUCUCCCUUAGUUUUGAAUAGAUAAAUUUUAAAUCUAUGAUAUAAAUUCGAAUGCAGAGAAAUGGGGAAUAACCUUGGUGUAGUAAGUUACCGCCUCAAAAUAUUAAAAUAAGAUGUCGCUCUUGUGCGAAAAUGUUUUUUUUUAUAUAUGGGGUUAAAUUAAAAAAAUAGCUGUUUUAUGUAUGAUUUUAAACGUCAACAACGUAGUUUAAAUAUAAAUACAAAUGUAUCAUAAAAUAGCAACACAGCGCAAUUAGAUUUAGAAGCUUGUUGAUCAACCUCGUAUUCUUACUUCAUUCCAUUUUGUUAAAACACAAAAGUAAAAUACAAUAAUAGAUAUAUUUAUUCUUUAUAGUAGUAGUUGAAUACUAUUUCUUCCAUAUAUGCACAGUAAUAAUAUUAUGAUAUGCACAUACAAUUAUUAUAAGCAUCUCUAAUUUAGCUCCCCAUUCAAUUAAUUUUGUUGUAUCCUGCGCGUUAAAGUAUGCAUUUGCCAUUAAAAAUAAUGUACUGUCUGGUCUCGCGGAAUUGUUAAACGUUAUAUUAUACUUAUUUUUACCUAAUUUUAAGAGUAAUUAAAUAAAUCUUGUGUAAGUUGUUCUAAUCAUUA